AUAAAUCAAGCAAGAAGAAGACUGACUGGCUGACUGAACAGAAAACAAACAACAACAACAAAGCACGAUCGUGCAACGCAAAUUCAUGAAAGGAAGAAAAUAAUUAGAAAGAAACUUCUGUGAUUUUGUAAACUAAACAUGGAAGCGAAGGCAAUAUCUGACGAAGAAGUACGAGUAAAUGUUAAGCCAACAAGAGUUCUUCAUUUUUCCGAUGGCGUCGAUGAAGAAAUUGACGCUGCAGAAGCAACUGAAUUGAAAAGCUGUGCUACUGAAGAGCCUGUAGAUCCUUCAAAAUUGGAUUGGUUGCCGUGGAUGUCUCACUACGCCUGGACUUCCGGCACCAAGGUUUUGAAUGUGGUGGAUGCGGCUGGAGAAUCUCUGGCCAGUUUCUUUGGAAUCACAACACCCAAGUACCAAAUCGAAAUAAAUGAGUAUGAAAGAAUGCAAGAAGAGAAGAGAAGAAUGGAGGAGGAAUCUGCUGGUUGGGUGCCAAGAAACGCUGGUGGUGAUAUACCUUUAGUCAUGAGUGAGCCUCAGAAAGUGGGUGAUACAGAGAAUCAUGUUUGAUUAUUAUUAUUUACUAGAAAUGGCACCAUAUUUAUGGAACUAACGGGCUUUAAUAAUCCUCAUAAAAUAACUUAAUAAUGUAUGCAGAAAAAGAUUUAAUUUGAUUAUUUAUAGUUCUAUAUUUGUAGGAUUUUCCCUUAAGAUUCUCUCUUAUUUUUAUCUUUCUCUUUCUGGUGCAUAUAGGUUUGUGAUGCCUCAAUGGCUUUAGUAUUGAGUUGAUUUAGUUUUAAUUAAAUUUAUGUUUAUUUAUUUGAGAUUACUUAAUAAGGAAUAUUAUUUAUUGGAACUUCUGUAUAUAAUGGCAAAGUCUAAACAUUUGUAAUUGACUAAUAAUACUAAUCUGAAUGUUUGACAGGUAUUCAUAUAUGAUUGAAUAAUUAAUGACAGACUGAUAAUGAAUUGAAUGUUUUAUAUGAUGUUAACUAAGGCACAUAAUUAGAAAGGGUUCCCUAUUAGUGUAUUUAUUAUACACGGCCACUCCCUGCCCCCCACUUAAUAUGCUCACAUUCACCUUACAGUUGUAGGCUGGCUAGGGUUAAAGUGCGCCGUGCAAUCUGCGCAAGUCGCCUUACAUUUUCAAAUGGACCCACGAUUAUGGCGCCAACCCUAGCGUCUUGUCUGCAUGCUUCGUGCGCUUACCAUUUACACGAAGUAAGCCAGUGUGUAUAUAUUUAGAAAUGAGCUCGUAUUUCGUCGAGUUUCUGACCUGGCUGGCUGGCUACUGAAGUGGCUAAACUGUCGUCAGUGUCACUUUGUUGAUAAUUCUUGUACAAUCAACCUUGAAUUUCGGUCUUAAAAGACCAGAAUUCUAGAAUCAACAAGGCAUCACACAUUAUAAGAUUUUUUGUAUCUAAAAUAAUUUUGUUUACUCAGUUUCUUUUUGAGGCGAUAAAUAUUAUGUUUUACAAAAAAUUGACUUAUAUGAAAUUAUGUGUAACAUGAACAUAAAUUUUAGUUAUUAACCAACAGGUUGAGUAUUAUUUUAUUGUUUGUUAUGUAUAUAAUACAUAUUUACUAAAACAUAAA